AUGUCUCCUAAGUUUCUCAUUUUCGUAUUUCUGUAUGCUCUUUAUACUGCUGAUGCUAGAGGUUUGUCAUUCGAAACAGGUCGUCCAACCGAUCUUGGUGACGAUGGAGACGAUGAUGGUGGGGCAUUCGAUGGCAAUGGCUCUGGCAACAAAGGGGGCGCUGACAUUGGUGCUGGUGCUGGUGCUGGAGGAGGGGGUGGUUUUGGUGGCGGAAUUGACAUUGGUAUUGGCCGUGGAUUCGAUAUAGGUGGAGGCUUUGGUGGUGGUGCAGGUGGUGGAAUAGGUGGAAGGUUAGGUAUUGGAGGUGGGCCGGGAGGUGGAUUGCAAUUUGGUGGAGGUGGAGGAGGAGGAGGAGGUGGUGGUGGUGCUUCUGCAGGCAAUAUUGGCUUAGGAGGUGUCAGUGGGCCUAGUGGAGGAUUUGGUGGCGGAGGUGGUGGCAGUGGAGGAGCUCCUUAA